GUGUAUUGACAGUGGCAGCCCAGCUGUAUUUGGCAGAAAUUGGCAAACACGUAAGAUUCGUUCAUUCGAGAGGGAAGGCAACAAUAACACUGAUGUAAAUAAGUCAAUGGGAACCGUGGUAUAAAGUUUGAUCGCAUUUUCCAGGUUUCACCAUGCCAAGCCAGGGACCACCGUUCUUUUAUCCAGACUAUUUUCCUAAUCAGAGAAUGCCAUUUAUAGAUGAUAGAAUCUCCCACCACCACCAGGGACCAGCCGUCCCUCCAAACAUGCCUUUCAUGGCACCACCUUACGGGAACCAAAUUCAGUUCAGGCCACCUAUGUGGGGACCACCAGCUUACAACUAUCAGAACAAUGCGGUGCCAUAUGACUAUCAGAGACACCGCGGUAACAAUCGGAAUCUCCAGCCCGUCCAGGGGAAUCCCCAAGAUAAUGUGCAGGUUAACGACCGAUCAGACACGGAGGAGAGGACCUGCUGUAUCUGUCAUGACCGCCUACAGAACUCCGAGGAGCGCGGAAUCCACCUGUGUGAUGGGGGACAGGAGGAAGGGGAGACAACUGAGGAGGAGAAAUCAGAGCCUGACUUCAGUGUGGAACUGACGGACAUGGAUGAGCGCCUCGAGAAGCUUUUGAAUGAGUUAAAGGACUGUCUGAGAAACAAAUAUGAGAGUGUGACAGAAACCCUGGAGAAUUAUGUUUCAUCUCGCAUCGACACCAUAGGGACCCUCCAUAAAGACGUCCAGGAGGAAAAGUCACAUCUCCAGAAUCUCCAAACCGAGCUCCAGACACGGACAAGAGAACUGGAGAAAAAGGAGAAGGCGUUACGGGAAAAGGAGAGCAGGCUUCACAAAGAGCAGGAGAAGUUAGACAGCGAGAUUCAGAGAGAGAAGGAGGAGAUAUGUCGUCAAUGGCAACAGCUCCGGGAUGAAAUCUCCCGUAUGGAGAAACUACACGAAGUCCAAAAGGGGAGGAUCAAGCUAGAUAUUGGGGGUGUUAUCUUUACCACUUCCAGGUUAACCCUAACCAGGGAUUCCGAGUCCAUGCUGGCAGCCAUGUUUAGCGGUCGCCACGAGGUACGCGUAGAAGACGACGGCACUAUAUUUAUAGACAGGGAUGGAACUCAUUUCCGCUACAUCCUGAAUUACCUCCGAGAUGGGGGAAUCAAACUCGAUGCCCUGCCAAGAAACCGUCAAGUACUGAGGGAGCUCAGAAACGAGGCUGUGUUCUAUCAAAUCCAUGGACUUGUGCAACAAAUUGAAAAACUUAUUUAAAAUUAUAGUACAGGGGCAAUCGAGAAGCAUUUCAGAACCUUGUAAUUUAAGUUGUUUAUUCCUUAAUUCUAACUGGAAUAUUGAUGAUGGUUAAAAUGUCUGAAGAAAAUAUGUGUACUGUCAGAAGUAUGAGACCAGUAUUGAUGACGGUUUGAACCAAUUAACUAAAACAAAAUAUUGUCCAGAAUAACUGUCUGUAUUUGUGUACAGUGCGGUCACAGCGCAUCGCGGGAUAACCACGGGUGAUCUUGUUUUUUACUCAUCAGCCGUGGGCAAACUCUCCGAAAUAACGAUGGUCACAGAGUGGCAGGAAGGGGAGAUAACUCUUCAGAAAUAGGAAGCGGGAGUGAUGAAGUGUAGUUGUUUGAUAAAGUAGUCAUUACAUUCAACAGACAGAUGUGUUUGUAUGACCAGACAAAGUUAACUGAUGUACAUGUACUCAUGUAGUUGUUCACAUGUUACUGUCUAUAAAAUUAAUUAGAAAUGAUGUACCGUGCAGCUUAAAAGAUUUAAAUUGCCACUCUCUGAAUGAAUCACCAUUUACUAUUCCAUGUAAAACUUAAUGCAUCUUUAUAAAUCAGACUGUGUGCAUGUUUUACAAGGUAUCAUUAAGUGCUUUAUUUCAUUUGUUCUGUUUCUUGCUAUGCAUGGAUUUUCCAGGUGAUGAGGGAUAUAUUAGAAUCAGUGAUUUUUAUGUCCAGGAUUCUAUUGUUUAUGUAUAUUGAAGAGUGCUUGAAUUUCAUAUCAUUUUUAUGAAAGAUGUCCUGUAGUCAAUUCAAUAAAAAUAUAAUUAUCUUUAUGAAA